AUGCAUCGACCGAAGACUCUCGCAGCUGGCGAGGCCACCCCAGCGAAGCCCGCGGCGCGUCUAUAUGGUGGCACUCCGCAGUCAACCGAGCGCCUCAUCAAGCCCUUUCGGUGUCCUGGCUCAGCAAUUGUAUCCAGUGUCUCAACCAAACCUGCGAGGAAGAGGCGGAAGGUCGAUUAUUCUGGUGCUGGAGGUGAAGAUGGAGAGAGUGAUAAGCCAUAUUCGAAUGAGGACCGGUUAGCCCUCGCCACACGCGAUGCAAACCGAUUUCCCGUCUUCAAGCCAAAAGACAAAGAUACCGCAUUCAGAACGAAGUUCAUCGUGCCUUUAGUCAACAAGGACGUUGGUGCCUAUAAUCCGAAUCGACCAGCGCCACUGCUUGGUAUGCGCACAGGAACCGUCUUUGUUGCGCGACCACUGCACGACCCCAGCGGAGAGUUCGCGAUAGUACUCUAUGACCCCACAGUCGACGAUAAGCCGGUACCUAAAGAAGAGGCCGAACCCAAGCUGAGUCAAACAGAGAAGAAGGAGAUGGAAGCUCCGCUGGUACACAAGAGUUUGGCGGAGAUACUGGGGUUGAAGAAGAAAGUGGACAACGAACGACCGCGCGUGCCAGUCGUUAUAGAUCCGAGGCUUGCGAAGGUUCUACGACCGCAUCAAGUCGAAGGUGUGAAGUUCUUGUAUCGUGCCACGACUGGCAUGAUUGACCCCAAGGCGAACGGGUGUAUUAUGGCUGACGAGAUGGGUCUCGGAAAAACGCUGCAAUGCAUCGCUCUCAUGUGGACUUUGUUGAAGCAGUCACCCGACGCUGGCAAGUCGACGAUACAAAAGUGCGUUAUCGCUUGUCCCUCUAGUUUGGUGAGGAAUUGGGCGAACGAGCUUAUCAAGUGGCUUGGGAAGGACGCUGUCACCCCCUUUGCGAUCGACGGCAAGGCAUCGAAAGAGGAGCUCAUCCAGCAGAUACGGCAAUGGUCGAUCGCAUCCGGACGCGCAGUCGUCAGACCUGUGCUCAUCGUAUCGUACGAAACACUGCGUCUCUAUGCCGACGAGUUUGGACAGACACCUAUCGGUUUGAUGCUUUGUGACGAAGGGCAUCGAUUGAAGAACGGUGACAGCUUGACAUUUACCGCGCUCAACAACCUGAACGUGCAGAGGAGAGUCAUCCUUUCCGGAACACCCAUUCAGAACGAUCUAUCAGAGUACUUCGCGCUACUCAACUUCGCGAACCCGAACUACCUCGGCACACGUAUGGAAUUCCGCAAGCAUUACGAGAUUCCUAUCCUGAAAGGUCGCGAUGCCAACGGAACAGAUGAGGAUGUCAAGAAGGGUACUGAGCGGCUCACCGAGCUUCUUGGGCUGGUGAACAAGUUCAUUAUCCGGCGAACCAACGACAUUCUCUCCAAGUACCUGCCAGUCAAGUACGAGCACGUCGUGUUCUGCAACCUCGCGCCAUUCCAAAAAGACCUGUACAACCACUUCAUCAAAUCCCCAGAUGUCCAGAGUCUCCUCCGCGGCAAAGGCUCGCAGCCCCUCAAAGUCAUUGGCAUGCUCAAGAAGCUCUGCAACCACCCCGACCUACUCAACUUGCCAGAAGACUUGCCCGGCUGCGAAGACAAGCUCCCGGAAGACUUUGUACCAAAGGACGCGCGAGGCAGAGACCGGGAGGUCAAGGUCUGGUACUCUGGAAAGAUGGCUGUCCUGGACCGUAUGCUUGCCCGCAUCCGUGCUGAGACGAACGACAAAAUCGUCUUGAUUUCCAACUACACGCAAACCCUCGAUAUCUUUGCCAUGCUAUGUCGGUCCCGCGGCUAUGGCUGUUUCCGCCUUGACGGCACGAUGAACGUGUCCAAACGGCAGAAGCUAGUCGAUAAAUUCAACGACCCCGAGAGCCCUGAAUUUGUUUUCCUGCUGUCGUCCAAGGCGGGUGGAUGCGGUCUCAACCUCAUUGGUGCCAACCGCCUCGUCCUCUUCGAUCCCGAUUGGAACCCUGCUGCCGACCAGCAAGCCCUCGCUCGUGUAUGGCGUGACGGGCAAAAGAAGGAUUGUUUCGUUUACCGUUUCAUCACCACUGGUACAAUUGAAGAGAAGGUCUUCCAGCGACAGUCGCAUAAACAGGCUUUGUCAAACUGUGUCGUUGAUUCUGCGGAAGACGUUGAACGUCAUUUCAGUCUCGACUCCCUUCGUGAGCUCUUCCAGUACCGCGACAACACUACGAGCGACACGCACGACACGUUCAAGUGUAAGCGUUGUAGGAAGGAGGAUGGGAGACAGGUGGCUAAGGCGCCGGCUAUGUUAUACGGUGACACGAGUACGUGGAAUCACUUUGUCAAUGAUGGCGAGACUGGUCCAUUGGGCAAGAUCCAAGAUUUGUUGCUUAGGCAGGAGACGGCGAAUGAUUUGAAGGAUGUUAGUGCCGUGUUCCAGUAUAUUAGUCAUUGA